GGGGAUGCUCUGGGCCCAUGGCUGGCACUCAGCAGUGCUCCAUGCACACAAACUGACUGUGAACACCUUGGUUCCCCUACACAGGUUGGAGGCAUUGAAGACACCAACCAGAUCUUUGGCCUGAGCGAGACGGAACCCAGCUCCUUCCUGUAUUACAGCCCCUUUGACGGCAUUCUGGGUCUGGCCUACCCCAGCAUUUCUGCCUCUGGGGCCACACCUGUCUUUGACAACAUAUGGGACCAGGGCCUAAUUUCUCAGGACCUCUUCUCCGUCUACCUGAGCUCCAAUGAUGACAGUGGCAGUGUGGUGAUAUUUGGUGGCGUUGAUCCUUCUUACUACUCUGGAAGCCUGAACUGGGUGCCCGUUUCUUCUGAGACCUACUGGGAGAUCACCGUGGACAGCGUCACCAUAAACGGAGAGACCGUCGCUUGCAGCUACAGCUGCCAGGCCAUUGUUGACACCGGCACCUCUCUGCUGGCUGGCCCAACCAGUGCCAUUUCCAGUAUCCAGGACUACCUCGGAAUCAGCGAGGACACCGAUGGCGAGUUGGUGGUCAGCUGCUCGGACGUCAGCAGCCUUCCCGACAUUGUCUUCACCAUCAAUGGUGUUGACUUUCCUCUGAGCCCCAGUGCCUACAUCCUGGAGGUAAGGGGGCUCUGGGCCAUCUUAGACGUGCCCACUCAGAAUAUGGAUCUCUGGAUCUUGGGCGACGUCUUCAUCCGCCAGUACUAUACCGUCUUUGACAGGGCAAACAAUCAGGUCGGCCUGGCCCCCGUGGCUUAA